AUGAAGUUUUCUAGCAUUCUUGCGGGCGCGGCCCUCUUCGCCAGUAGCGUUCUUGCCGCUGACCUGGACCCUAUCGUCAUCAAGGGUUCCAAAUUCUUCUACAAGAGCAACGACACCCAAUUCUACAUUCGUGGUGUCGCCUAUCAACAGGAAUAUUCCGGUCCCAAGUCUGGCACCAACAACUACAAAGACCCACUCGCCGACGCCGAUGCAUGCAAGCGCGAUGUUCCUUACCUUCAGAAGCUCAAUGCAAACGCCAUCCGUGUCUACGCCAUUGACCCCACGGCUGAUCACAAGGAGUGUAUGAGCCUCCUUAGUGAUGCUGGGAUUUAUGUUAUUGCGGACUUGUCGUCUCCUUCAGAGUCCAUUGUCCGUAACGACCCUAAGUGGGACUACGAUCUGUACAAGCGCUACGCAUCUGUUGUCGACGAGCUUUCCCAGUACAGCAACGUUAUUGGAUUCUUCGCAGGUAACGAAGUGUCGAACAACCCCAAGACCACCGAUGCCAGCGCCUUCGUCAAGGCCGCUGUGCGUGAUAUGAAGCGCUAUAUCAAGGCCAAGAACUACCGCACAAUGGGUGUUGGUUAUGCUACCAACGAUGACUCGUCUAUCCGUGUGGACAUGGCGAACUAUUUCAACUGCGGCGAGAAGGAAGAUACAAUCGACUUUUGGGGAUACAAUGUUUACUCCUGGUGUGGUGACUCCAACUACGAGAAGUCUGGCUAUAAGUCUCGUACAGAGGAGUUCAAAGAUUACUCUAUUCCUGUGUUCUUUGCUGAGUACGGUUGCAAUGCUGUCACCCCCCGCAAGUUUACCGAAGUGGAGGCUCUCUAUGGUGACAAGAUGGCCGACGUCUGGUCCGGCGGUAUUGUCUACAUGUACUUCCAGGAGGAAAACAACUACGGUCUGGUCUCUAUCGACAACGGCAAAGCCAAGACCCUUGAAGACUACAGCUACCUCUCCAAGCAGCUCGCCUCGGCCACGCCCACCGGCACCAAGAAAGCCGAGUACAACCCCACGAACACCGCCCUUCAGUCAUGCCCGACCAACGGCAAGAACUGGCUCGCCGCCGCCUCUCCUCUGCCUCCUUCCCCCAACUCAGACCUCUGCAGCUGCAUGGAAAAAAGUCUCACAUGUGUUGCCAAGUCCGACAUCUCCGGCAAGAAGCUCUCCUCCACUUUCAGCACCGUUUGUGGCUAUCAGGAUGGCAAGUUCUGCGAAGGAGUUACUGGUAAUGCCACUUCUGGAGAGUACGGCGCCUACAGUGUCUGCACGCCCGAGCAGCAGCUCUCUUUUGCCAUGAACCAGUACUACGAGGACCAGGCCGAUCAAGGCAAUGGCCAGAAUGCCUGUGACUUCGACGGUGCCGCUACGAGCCAGAGUACCAGUGAGCCGACGGCAGCAUGCUCAUCUUUGCUAAGCGAAGCGGGAUCUGAUGGGAAGGGGUCUGUCAAGGCUUCACCUACCGCUGCUAACGCUGGGUCUGGCGGGGUUGCUGUUGCUGACACCUCUGAUGGUGCUGCAUUUACUUUGGCUCCCGGAAGUGUUCAUGUUGGUGUCUUCCAGAUCGGUGCCUACAUUACCACGGCUAUGUUUGCCGGUGCUGCUAUGAUUCUAUUGUAG